UUAGACACUUACACACCCACAAUAUGGCGACUAAUAAAGAUUUAACAAACGUUUCAAAGGAUUCUGAGGAGAUGUUUGACAUAAGUUGUUCAUCUUGCAGUGACGAUAAUAAGACAACUCAGGCUAAGAAGUUUUGUGUAGAGUGCGGAUUAAAUUUUUGCGAAAACUGUGUGAGAUUUCAUAAGAAAAUACCUUCAUUGCAGUCGCACGAUAUUGUAGAUGCGACACAAAGUGAGGAAGAUGAGGUUAAACAAGUGAGGAAAGAGCUGCCGACGGGACGAUGUAGUAUACAUCAUGGAAAAUUGAUGGACAUGUUUUGUAAAGAUCACGAUGAAGUCUGCUGUGGGGUUUGUGUAGCUCUUAAACAUUGGACUUGUGUCAACAUUGAUUAUGUACCUGACAUAGCAAAAGGUGUCAUUACCUGUAAAGAAUACAAAGAUGUAAAAGAUUCCGUUGCAGCUAUCCUCAUUGACAUGAAACAAGAGCUGAAAAUCAGGACAGCGAACAUAACCAAACUCGAUGAAGAGAAAGAUAAAUUACUCAAUGCGGUCGCUGAAUAUCAGGAUGACCUUAUUGAACAGGUAAAGAAAAUGGCUGAUACAACGAGACAAGAGAUUCGAACAGAAUUUGAAGCUGAAAAGACAGCCAUCACUACAGAUAUCGAGUCACUAGACAUAUUAAUACCUACCAUAGAAACAAGUCUACAAAAACUUUCAAUUCCCAACGAGGCUCAAUUAUUUGUAAAUAUGAAAGCUAGUAAAACAACUGUCAAUGAUGGUAAGUCUGUUUUGAGCGAUCUGUCUUCAGGUUGGACAACUAAACGCAUGUCUUAUACCUUUAACGAGAGCCUCAGAAGUACGGUAUCUAGAACGAAGUCUUUUGGAACCUCGGUUAAUAAAGAAGAUGUGCAAGAAUAUGAAGCCAAUUCGUAUGGGAAAUUUAAUGUUAAAGACAGCACUGAUUCGGAUAGCUUUGACGAAAGUCACAGAAGUACGGUUUCUAGAACGAAGUCUUUUGAAACCCCGAGUGCUAAAGAAGAUGUGCAAGAAUAUGAAGCCAAGCCGUAUGGGAAAUUUAAUGUCAAACAAAUCACUGAUACGUCUACACAUGCUAUUACUGGAAUUUGUCCAUUACUGGAUGGUUCGAUUGUAAUACUAGAUUAUCACAAUCAAAAGUUAAAACAAUUAAACAGUAACUAUGAGGUAAAAGAUACACUAGCGGUUAAUGGACAACCAAUUGGGAUUUGUGAUGUAAGCAGUAAUGAAGUUGGCGUUAGUAUAUGUAAUACUGGUCAGAUACAAUUUAUUUCAGUUAAAGAUAGUAUACGUUUGACUUCCACUAUUCAAGUAGAUAAAAGCUGCUAUGGAAUUUACUUUAAUAAAAGGAGUGACGAAUUGUUUGCAUGCUGUGGAUCAAAUAUAAAUGUAUAUAACAAACGAGGUAGCCUCUUAAGAGUGUUGAACACUGGCCCUAAUGGAGAACAGCUAUUUGCAAAUUUGAAACAGGUGAUUGUUACAGACUCAAGUUAUGAGAUUGUUGUCACGGAUUACAGCAAAGGACUAAUAUCUGUCAACCCACAAGGUAAAAUAAAUUGGUUUCUUCAAAACCUAGUGUUGUCAGAAGCCAGUGGUAUUUGCGUUGCGUCAGGAUGUGUGCUAUUUGUGAGUGGUCAAAGAUCGCAUAACAUUAUACAAGUUGACAAGAACGGAAAUAAAAAAGGAGUGUUGCUUGGAACAUCAGAUGAAUUGAACAACCCCUAUUCCCUCGCAUUUGACAGUCAAAGAUCAAGACUUAUUGUAGGAAUGAAUUCAAAUAAUAUACAUGUAUACACACUGUCGACUAAAGCGUAAGCAAUAAAUACGAACUACCUUGCCAAGAUUACAAAAUAAACUUAAUUUGGUUAUUACCACGUAAACAAAUUAUCUCUAAAGGACAAACAUAACGUCAUUUAGAAGCAACUGACAAUACAAUUCACAUGUUGAAAUAAAGCCAGUCAAAAGUAAUGAAUUGUAUAUUCUUCAUAUAGAACUUUUUUUUGAAGUGCGCAUAUUUAAUUCGUGAAUAAUAUCAUUAACUAAUUAAUGGUUAUGAAAACAAAUAGGAACUUUUUUUCCAAAAGACACCUUAAAGUCAAUUUUAGUCAAAUAUUUUUUUUUAAAAGUGUGAUGACAAAAUAUAAAGUAUCUACUAUUUAUGUAUAAUCGUUAUCAUCUAUAAGAAUGUUUGAACCUAAAAUUGAAUUUGCUAAAAUUAUAAAAUAAUAUAUAUAGUUUUCAAAAUAGACAACUGAAGUUUAUAUUGUGUAAAAUAUUGUCAUAUUUUUCUAAUAGAUAGUCAGUAUUUUGUGAAAUGUUUCAGCAAAUGUUUAUGUAUGCUUCGUAAUUAUGUAAAUAAAUUUAAU